CUCCAAAUCCUGUCAAACCCAAAACUGACUUUAAAUUUAGUACUUGGUCAACAACUGAAAGAAUUUCCCCAGAGCCGAGACAUAUGGCCCCAUUGAUGUUCUUGUUUGUAAGACCCAACAAUGGUGUACUAUUCCACCGAGAUGGAGCUUUGUACUUUUCCGAGGAGACAUUCUUCUACAUGUAUACUAGUGUCGUUUUGGCUUGGCCGCGAGAAAUUGCAAAUAAAACUGGAUUACUACCAUGCGUCGACACGCACACCUUAUCAGAAUCGAUAUACCACAAGAUGUUAGCCUUAAUUUCUUUGGCUGAGCACGAUAUAUUAGAUUUAAAUCAACAAAUUAUAACAUCAGUAUCAAGGAUAAAAACUACACUACCCACUAUCUCCAACAAAAGGCCCUGAAAAGGACUAAUUAAUGCAAUAGGAAGUGCAUCAAACUGGUUAUUUGGAACAGCUAUGGCCAGUGACGUUGAUAAAUUGGCAAGAAUUGUUCAACAUGUAGAACGACAAAACAAAAAUUAGCAAAAUCUUCAUCACAUUUUCAAAAAGGAGUACUUCAUAUAGGAAAGAUUAUGGACAACAAAAUCGAUGACGUCAUCCAU